AUGAAUCCGUUAUCUACCCAUUUCUUGAAAAGUUUGCAUUGUAAAACUUUAAAGAGAGGAUAUCAUCAAAGGAAUUUCAGGGAACAAAGUGAGAAAGCAAGGGCGAGUUCGAAGCAUAAUUCAAAUUCGGCCCGACUAGGCCCACAUGGGUAUUGGGGAAAGAAACCUCAGUGGCAAAAAGAUAUGCCAUAUGGUGAGUUGUCGUCACAAUUGUAUGAGAUAAAAAGCGAGCGUUCAAGAGAUAAUGUCAUGGGUCGAAGAUCUAAAAACGAGUCCGGGUCAAACAUAAUCCCACCUAAAAUACAACCUAUAGUCAACAAGCUU